CCCGAGUCUCGACAGAGUAAUAAUAACGACAACAAUUCUCCAGCCCACACAAACGCAAUCAACGUGCGAAAUGAGUUCUUCGACAUUCUACAUAACAUUUCUAUUCGGUAUUGCGAUGCUGAUUUCAUGUGGCUACGGGACAUUUACGACAGAACAAAUCGAUUAUUACGGAAGAGCCUGCAAAGCAAGCGAAGAUGACCUCGUCGUAGUCAAAUCCUACAAGGUACCAUCUACAGAAACUGGAAAGUGUCUGAUGAAAUGCAUGAUCACCAAACUAGGACUGCUGAACGACGAUGGUUCGUACAACAAAACUGGCAUGGAAGCGGGAUUAAAGAAAUACUGGUCGGAAUGGUCUACGGAGAAGAUCGAGGCUAUAAACAACAAGUGUUAUGAAGAAGGUUUACUUGUGCCAAAGGAGGUAGUAGCGACGUGCGAUUACUCAUACACUGUGAUGGCAUGUUUGAACAAGCAAAUGGAUCUCGACAAGUUAACUUGAAACUCUUGAGUAUGUUGAAGAGUGGACCGAGUGGACCGAAAUGAUAGUCAAACGUAGCUAGAUAUUUUUUUUUCAUUUUAAAACCCAUUUAUUACAACAGUUAUAAUAAUUUGAAUACUCAAACACUUUAUAUUAUACAAU